AAUUUUGUGUAAUUCUAUCAUCAAAAUCAUCAACAACAAGUAUUAAAGAAUUUCUAAAGAAAUUGUUUGAUGAAUUGGAAAUCAAUGGACAAUGGAAUUUUAAUGAUCAUUACAAUGAUAAAUCUUAUUAUUAUAAUGGUUUAGUCUUUUCAAAUACUUGGUCACGUUCAGCUAGAAGAAGGAAAAAAUCUACAAUAAUAAAUUGUCAAAUGGAGGAGACAGAAGGAGGAGAAAUUGCUAACUCUAUUGAAAAUCAACAACAACAGGGAUUCUUGUUUAAAUAUAUUUGUACUAUUGAGAAUUUUAAUUUGGAUAAUUCGGAUGAUGGUGAUUAUAGUAUCAAUAGUAGUGGUGGAGGUGUAAAGAUUAUGUUUUCUUGGAUUUUUAUAAAUUUUUAUAAUAAAAUGUCUGCUUCUUCCAUUAUUAUUACUACUACUGCUGACACCGCUAAAAAUGAAUUGAAACAAGCCGAAGAGCUUUCAAAAUUCUCACCAGAAAAAGCAGAAGAAAUUUAUAAAAAUAUUUUAAGUCGAACUACUAGUAAUGAUAAUGACAAUUUGGUAAGGGACCAAGAACAAGCUCUUGUUAAACUUGGUGAACUUUAUCGUGAUCAUCGAAAACCAAGUGAAUUAUCAACUUUGAUUCGUUCAUCUCGUGCAUUUAUGUCGUCUAUUGCUAGAGCAAAAACUGCAAAAAUUGAAACGAUUGAAUGGAGUGUUAAAGAGAAACGGAUUUUUUUAAAACAAUCUUUAGAAACUCGAUUGGUUUCUUUGUAUGUAUCAAAAUUAUUGUCACCGUAUCUUGAUAAUAAAAUGUAUCAUGAUGCAUUAAAUCUUAUCAAUCCAUUUUUAAAAGAAUUAAAACGUCUUGAUGAUAAAAUGGUAUUGAUUGAAGUACAAUUAUUAGAGAGUAGAGUAUGUCAUGCAUUAAGAAAUAUAGCUAAAUCCAGGGCUGCGUUAACAUCUGCUAGAACAUCAGCAAAUGCAAUAUAUUGUCCACCACUUCUUCAAGCUGCCCUUGAUAUGCAAUCAGGAAUUUUACAUGCAGAGGAUAAGGAUUACAAAACAGCGUAA